AUGAGACGACGAGGGGUUGGUGGAGUAGCAGCGAUUAAUAAGAGUAAACUAGCAAAGGCCAAAUUUGCUGAGAAAGGUACAGAAAUUGCAGAAACUCAAGUAUCUCAGAUGUCCCAACAAUUAGAAGAAUUUCGUACAAAAUUGAGCGAUUUUGCGGCCAAACAUCGAAAUGAAAUCCGAAAAAAUCCUCAAUUUCGUAACCACUUUCAACAAAUGUGUGCCCGUAUUGGUGUAGAUCCUUUAGCAUCUAGUAAAGGAUUCUGGGCUGAGCUCCUUAAUGUUGGAGAUUUUUAUUACGAGCUUGGAGUUCAAGUUAUCGAAGUUUGUAUGGCUACUAGACCGAGAAAUGGAGGCAUAAUACCCCUGGAGGAGUUAAGAGUUCGAUUAACAAAAGCACACGGCAAAACUCGAGAAGAUGUUACUGUCGAUGACCUUUCCCGAGCGAUUAAAAAAUUAAGUACACUAGGUAACGGUUUCAAAGUCAUUGCAGUUGGUAGUCAACGCUUGGUACAAUCUGUUCCAGUUGAGCUUAGCAUGGAUAAUACCGCAGUUUUACAAUCAGCUAUGGAUACUGGUUAUGCUAGUAUUAAAACUCUUUGCGAUGAAUUUCAAUGGCCAACUGAUAGAGCGCGAAGAAGCCUGGAACAGCUUAUCAAGGAAGGCAUGGUUUGGAUUGACUCGCAAAAUGCAAGUGAAGAUCUUUACUGGUUUCCUGGAUUGUUUAAUAAUGAGAAGUAA